AUGGUUCCGCCACAUGGUCUUGCAACAUCAGCUAAAGGUGGUGUAAAUAAUGAUACACUAUUUUUAUACGGUGGAAAUAAUCAAACGAUGGAAUCAGUUUAUACGUUUGAUCCACAUCAUAUGAUAUGGAAUCCUCCAAAAAUAACUGGAAUUAGUACAAUUAGAAAAUCGAGUUUAACAGGAGUUAUGGGCUAUAAUGGAAAAUUUUAUUUAUGGAGCGGAAGAACCCCUAUUAUUUCAAAUGAUAUGCUUAUUUUAGAUACAAUUAGCCUUAAUUGGGAAAAGGGAAGUUUAGUUAACGCUCCAACUCCGAGAAUUUUUUAUGGAGCUACUUUAUUGCCCAACGAUAAGAUUAUUUAUAUAGGUGGUUUGAAUGAUGUUACUACUGAAUUUGAUGAUGAUACCCUGAAUAUUGAUAAAGGAAUUGCUUUAUCAUUAAGUGAGGUUUACUUAUAUGAUAUGAUUAAUGACAAUUGGGAUGUAAAAAUAACAACAGGAAAAAUCCCUUCUAAUAGAUGUGGUUUUUCUUCAGUUCUUGGUUUAGAUGGUCAAAGAGUCAUAAUUUAUGGAGGAGCUUUUAAUAAUCCUGGAUAUUUAGACACUACACUUUAUGUAUUGGAUUUAACUAAUUAUAAUUGGUAUAUUCCGAAAAUUUCUGGAAUAAUCCCAAAACCAAGAGUUUUUCAUCAGGCAAACGUAGUUGAGAAAUACAUGGUUAUAUCAUUUGGAAUUGGUUAUGAUAGAACAGUUGAAAGUGAUAUAUUAUUACUUGAUAUUAGUAAUAAUGAAGAAUAUGUAUGGACGACAUCAUUUGUUCCUUCACCUUCAUCCACAUCAGAUCCACUUCCUACAUCAUCCAAUAAUUCAUCAGAUAAUUCUAAGAUGGUUGGUGCAAUUGUAGGAUCUUUAUUAAGUGGUAUUUUCUUAUUAGUUGGAGGUUUCUUUUUAUAUAAAUGGAAUAAAAAAAGACAAAGCCAAAAUAAUAUUAAUAAUUAUAAUAAUUACGGUCAAGAAAAGGCAAUACCCACUGAAGGUUCUAAAAAUGAAAAUAUGACCAACCAUGAAGUAGUUUCAGCAAUAGUAAAUAAUGAUAAUUAUUAUGGACAAGAAGUAGUUACAACACCUACUAAUAACGAUGGGUUUAAAUUCUUCAAGUUAUUAAAUAAAAAAUAAAUUCUUCAAGUA